UUAGCCCCCCGCGGGCUAGUAUAUAAGACCCCACGAGCCCGAUACGUACAUGUCAGUCACAUCGGCUUGGCGCAGGCUUCUCUUCUUGACCAACAACAACCCCACAAACUUGAGAGAUGGCACCCAAGAAGGCCAAGAGGAGACAGCAGCAGGGUGAGGGUGGCUCCUCCAACGUGUUCUCCAUGUUUGAGCAGAGCCAGAUUCAGGAGUACAAGGAGGCUUUCACAAUCAUUGACCAGAACAGAGACGGCAUUAUCAGCAAGGACGACCUCAGGGACGUGUUGGCCACCAUGGGCCAGCUGAAUGUGAAGAAUGAGGAGCUGGAGGCCAUGGUGAAGGAGGCCAGCGGCCCCAUCAACUUCACCGUCUUCCUGACCAUGUUCGGAGAGAAGCUGAAGGGUGCUGAUCCCGAGGACGUUAUCGUCAGCGCUUUCAAAGUCCUGGACCCCGAGGGUACUGGCUCCAUCAAGAAGGAAUUCCUUGAGGAGCUCCUGACCACCCAGUGCGACAGGUUCACCGCUGAGGAGAUGACCAACCUGUGGGCCGCCUUCCCCCCCGAUGUGGCUGGCAACGUGGACUACAAGAACAUCUGCUACGUCAUCACACACGGAGAGGACAAGGAGGAGUAAACCCCUGUCUCUCUGGUCAAACCCACACUCGCGCCACCGUCUACUCGCCCCCCCCCCUCCGUCCAACGCCAUGGCUUCCUUGCACACGCUCCCUCCCUGGCCCGCUCUCUCCACUUACAAGCUCACUACAAAAAGACUCAGUGAGAGGACUGAAGGCUGUGGGGGUGUUUUUGUGUGAGUACAAACAGGGGAACAUUGGAUUAUUUUCAAUAAAAAUAGUCUUAUGACCUUGAAACUCUUUCUCCAUCUCCAUCCCUGCCUCUUCCUCCUCCUUUUCCUCCCAUCGCUCAUUCUGUCUUACUGAGGCCAACAGUGUGUGCAUCACACCUGCAUGCAGCAUAUAUGCAUAUACAGUCUAGUGUUUGCAGCGGUCACUUCAAAUGUCUUUUGGGUGCUGUGGUGCAUGCAGUCACUUGCUUGAAACAAGCAGCUUUAACCCAGGGCAGAAUAUUCAAUGGAUUUGUGCUUUUGUAUUGGAGAGGAUCACACAGUAAAGGAGAGUGAGUACUGUACUAUAAUAGUUUACCUACCCCUCUCCUUUUAAACCCUCUGUCCCUCUCUUAUACACAGGUGUAAAAGGAAAGAUGCAGAAAGAGGAAAUCAGGAUUUUAAGUCUUGUAAAUAGGGAGGUAGAUGAUGAGAGAUGGUGAGUGGAAGAAAGGAAAGAAAAAGGCAAAAGUAAAGCAUCUUUGUUUUUUUUACUCUUCUUCCUCCCUCUCACUGCUGUUUCUCCCCUGUUGUUGUGACUGCAUCUGUGUCUUUACUGUAACAAGAGAAGAAGUACAAAUAAAAUCCACUAUCUUUCGUA